UAUCGCAUAUAUCAAUCUGGCAGCAUCUUUAAUUAGUUUAUUCUUUUUACCUAUCUCUUGUUCUUAUUGAUUCUACGCAGGGAAGCCAUAUAUCAAUGAGAAGCUGGAGAAAGAGAGAUGAGAUUUGAGACAGAGAUUUAAACAUUAUGGAAACCUGCUUAUCCUGAGUCUAUUGUUUGAAAUACUGGGUGAAUGGUUGUUCUGUAAUUCUGCAUGACUAAAUUCAGCUUAGUGUCACAUAAAGAAGAGGGACUCCCAACAGGAUCCAGGACCACCUCAGCGCUGGACACCCGCGACCUUUCACCCCAGCGUCCCUCUGCGCCUUGCGCCUUGCUCAGGGACAUGUACCCUGACAAGACAGGGGGCGGAGGGGCAGCCUCCGUCGACUACCUGGACGGUGGCUAUGACUACGCUGCUCCUGCCCCAGACCCGCUCUACAGUCGCUCGGCCACCCCUGCAGUGGGAUACUACUCUCCCUCCCUGGAUACCCACGGUCCCUCCUCAGACGGCAGUCUGCCCUCCCUGGACAGUGGGCCCAACAGUCCUCUGGUGUUUGUGCAAUACAGCCCCCAGCUCAGCCCCUUCCUCCACCCUCCUUGCCACCCAGGACUUCCUGCUGAGCCCUACUACCUGGAGACCAGCUCCACAUCCCUCUACAGGUCCGGUGUGGGACCCAAUCAGCAGUCUAUGCUCUGUAGUACCCCUGAUAGGCCAGAGUCGUACACUGCGGCCGGGUCGAUGUCGGGGUUGAGAGUUGGUGUGCCUGAGAUGGCCAAGGAGAUGCGGUACUGCGCUGUCUGUAGCGACUACGCCUCAGGAUACCACUACGGGGUGUGGUCCUGCGAGGGCUGCAAGGCCUUCUUCAAGAGGAGCAUUCAAGGUCACAAUGACUAUAUGUGCCCAGCAACCAACCAGUGUACCAUCGACAGGAACCGGAGGAAGAGUUGCCAGGCAUGCCGACUAAGGAAGUGCUAUGAAGUGGGCAUGAUGAAAGGGGGCUGCGGUGGGCGCGUGUUACGGAGGGACAAGCGGCGAUGCGGCCUCGCCGUCAGUGAAAAAGCCCUGAAGGAGAUUGAGCACAGGGCAGCGCCCCCUAAGAACGGGGGGAAGAACAGCAGCAGCGCCAACAGCGACAGAAGAGAGGCCGGAGCAGGAGUCAACAUGCCCCCUGACCAGGUGCUGGUGCUGCUCCAGGGGGCGGAGCCUCCCGCCCUGUGUUCUCGUCAGAAGCUGAGUCGACCCUACACCGAGGUCACCGUGAUGACCCUGCUCACCAGCAUGGCCGACAAGGAGCUGGUCUACAUGAUUGCCUGGGCCAAGAAGGUGCCAGGGUUCCAAGGGCUGUCUCUCCAUGAUCAGGUGCAGCUUCUAGAGAGUUCCUGGCUAGAGGUGCUCAUGAUCGGUCUUGUCUGGAGAUCCAUCCAUUGUCCUGGCAAACUCAUCUUUGCCCAGGACCUCAUAAUGGACAGGAAUGAGGGGGACUGUGUGGAGGGCAUGGCAGAGAUCUUUGACAUGCUCCUGGCCACUGUGGCUCGCUUCCGCAUGCUCCAGCUCAAGUCAGAGGAGUUUGUCUGCCUCAAAGCAAUCAUCCUGCUCAACUCCGGUGCCUUCUCCUUCUGCUCUACCACUGUGGAGUCUCUGCACAACUGCCCCGCCGUGCAAAGCAUGCUGGACAACAUCACAGACGCCCUCAUCCAUCACAUCAGCCAAUCGGGAUGCUCGGUGCAGCAGCAGUCCAGACGACAGGCCCAGCUUCUUCUCCUGCUCACCCACAUUAGACACAUGAGCAACAAGGGCAUGGAACACCUGUACAACAUGAAGUGUAAAAACAAAGUUCCUCUCUACGACCUGCUUCUGGAGAUGUUGGAUGCGCACCGCUUACAAUCCCCCGCCAAGGUGACUCAAACCUGGGUUCAAGCCACGGAGAACCCCCCUCUACCACCACAACCCUCACUUCCACUGGCCCCAGCAUGGGACCCACACAAGGUCAGGAUGCCCAGCUCUGAGGCUCUGGGCCUGGGGUACUUCAGUAUGGCAUCCCCCGCUCAGACCGCAGCACCCUCCUUUAAGGAGAGACAGAAAUGGGCACAUGAAGAUUAGAAACCCCAUCAUAAAUCAAAUGGGUAAGAAAAAUAUGAAAAGUUGUGUAUUCAUUCCAUUGUGUAAUUUAAGUGAUUGAUUUGAUAAAUUAUUCAGAAGUAUUGUAUUUGACAAUGUAACAUAGUGGGACAUCAACGGUGUCAGUGGAAGUUAGAGAUCUCAGGUGGAAGGUAGCGGGUUCUUUUCCCCCCCCCCGUAAACUUUGAGACAGCAGUCAUGGUGUUAUUCCUUCACAAAGGAGAUAUUCAUU